UCAAAACAUUAACAGAGUGCAUUAACUUCAGGUCUGAAAUGUCGAUUUCAACUCGCAUAACUCUGCGGGCAUUAGUCCCCUGCCUGUUGGCCGCAUUGGCGCUGCAGACAUCAUUGAGUCACGGCCAUGGCCAUCAUGGUGGUGGUGGCAAGAACCAUGCUGCAGCAUUGACAGAGCUGGCCAAUGGUGCCAGCUUGGUCCUCAAAAGCUACUCCGGGAAUGUGAUGGUGCGUGCAGCGCGUGAAGCCGAGCCGGAUAAGUUGAUACCAGCUGCAACGACUCCCACAACGGGUGGAAAUAAACGCGUGAAGAACAACAGGAAAUCCAACAAGUCGAAUAAUCAAAUGCAACGCGCUGAUGCGGUUGGUGCUCGCAAGCCGGGCUCCAAGAAAUCAUCAGCAUCGACUGGCAAGGAGCAGCUGCAGCUGCAGCGACACAUGAUAAAGCCGCAAGGCGAGGAUCAUCAGCAGCAGCAGCAGCAGCAUCAGCAUAAGCAUCGUGCGAGCAAGAGAUCGGGAGCGAAGGCAAAGGCAUCAGAGAAAGGCAAUGGACAAAGCUGUCGUUAUGUUUCAAGCUCAUGGACGGACUGUGAUGCCAAGACCAAUAUGCGCACGCGUACGAUGACUUUGAGGAAGGGCGAGUCCAGCUGUCUGCCCACGCGCACCGUACAGAAGAAGUGCAGGAAAGCUUGCCGUUAUGAGAAGGGCGCCUGGUCGGAGUGCAAAGCUGGCCAAAUGACACGGGAGGAUAAAGUCAAGGUAUCCGAGGAUGGCAGUCAUCAGAGCUGCAAUCAGGUGCGCACAAUAUCCAAGAAGUGCGAUUCAGGUACUGCAGCUAAAAAUACGGCUAACGGUGCUCGCUCAAGCAAAGUGCGUAAGCACAAGGAAAAGGGUGCACGUCAUACACCGCCUCAAGCUUGAGACGUUGGGGCAGAGAGAACUAAAUAAUCAACAUAGGUUUUAGAGCAACAUCCACAAACAACACACAAAACACGAAUAGCAUUAAGAUAUCAAUUUGUUGAUUUAUAAUAACGAUGCGCCCAUGUAGUAAUUAAUAUAUGUAUUCUUGUAAA